AGCUGGUCAAAUUAAGUUCAUUGCUGUGCCAGCUCAUUGUGUGAGCAGUCGAGCUGGUCAACUUAAGUUCAUUGCUGUGCCAGCUCAUUGUGUGAGCAGUCGAGCUGGUCAACUUGAGUUCAAUGUUGUGUCAGCUCAUUAUAUGAGCAGUCUAGCUGGUCAACUUGAGUUCAGCCCAUUGUGUGGCAGUCUAGUAGAAAUUAGCGGGUUAAAAUUUGAGCUGCUUUAUAUAAGUGCCAUGCUGAUGUCUUAAAUAAUUUUAAUUGUCCAUAGAACUAGUAGUGAUAUGUUAAGGAACUUCAUAUUGAUUUCAUAAGUGUAAGAUCUGUGUCGGGGCUAAGUGUGGGGCAGGCAAAAGCACUGCCCCCUGUCCCGGACACAUCUUUGGAUGUAUGUCCUAUGUAACUGUUUCCAUCAUAUAUUUUUUAAAAAUUCUUAAAUAAAUUUUUGUUUAAAUUUUCGAUCUAUUCAAUAUUUCGAAUCCCUUUCUUAUUUUUCGGGACUUUUUCAUAUUUUCAAAACUCGGUCAUAUGUUUUUUUGUUUUUUUUAAACCGAUAAUGAUUUUUAUGACUGAUUUGAAUGUUAUAAGAAAUUUCAGUUACAAGAUGGUGACCGGUUUAUCUUUUACGUUAAUACCCAUGAAAGCUGUUGUUGGGGAAUGGUAGAAGUUGUCGAAAUAAACACUCAUGGUGACAUAGGUGUAUGAUAGAUAAACAACACCUCACGUCAUGUAUAUUUCCAAUGAUCUCGUUUUUGUUGUUUUUUUUUGGGGCACUUUUAUCUGUCUCAUUCAUCUUUGCAUGUUCUCAAUCAUCAAGGAAAUCUUUUUUUUUUUAACUUCCAAUUUUACGUCUUAUUUUAAGUGUGUGUGUUUGGUAUUAUCUGUGGUAUUAUCUGUGGUACUAACUGUGGUAUUGACUGUGGUACUGACUGUGGUAUUAUCUGUGGUACUGGCUGUGGUAUUAUCUGUGGUACUGACUGUGGUAUUGACUGUGGUACUGACUGUGGUAUUAUCUGUGGUACUGACUGUGGUACUGACUGUGGUACUGACUGUGGUACUGACUGUGGUACUGACUGUGGUAUGGACUGUGGUAUUGACUUUGGUAUUGACUGUGGUAUGGACUGUGGUAUUGACUGUGGUAUUGACUUUGGUAUUAUAUGUGGUACUGACUGUGGUAUUGACUGUGGUACUGACUGUGGCAUUGACUGUGGCAUUGACUGUGGUACUGACUGUGACAUUGACUGUUGUAGUGACUGUGGUACUGACCUAUCAUUUUUGUGCCAAUAUUGUGAUGCUCCUGUAAACAGAUACAUGUAUACCAAGCUGGUAGUACAGCGUGAUAAAGGAAUUGAUAGUGUAAAGAAAAGAGUGUAAACUAUUUUGAGAUUUGUUAUUUUAAUCUUAUUUAUUUAUAUAUAUACAGUUUAACAUUUGUUUGUUUGUUCCUAUCACGUUUCUACACUGAUCGAUAGAUCAAUAGAUCGAUAGAUAGGAGCCAAAAUGAUCAAUAAAUUGAUCGUGGGCCCUUAAGAUAUAGAAGAAGAAGAGAAGAAGAUCUUGACUAAACUUGGCCCUAAUAUCCACCAUGCUCCAGAAACACAAUACGGCAGGGUUUAGUACUAACAGACCAUUCCAUUAGGGGGCGGGGGCCCUUGAUUCACUUGUUCCCCUUAGAUAAGCUAUAGAAAUAAAAUUACCAACAAAAACUCAUGCAUGAUUGGUUGGAUCUAGACCAAACUUAGUACACAUGCACGUGAUUCGAGGUUGGGGGAAAACAAUUUAUUUGUCUUAUUAUAAGCUAUAUAUAAUAUAGACUUAGUUGGUUAUAUAUACUUCUCGAACUAGGCCAAGCUUGGUAGUCAUAAUAUAAGCUAUAUAUAAUAUAGACUUAGUUGGUAAUAUAUACUUCUCGAUCUAGGCAGGGCUUGGUAGUCAUACGCUGAAAAGUACCGGUGGAUUCAAAAGUAAUCAUAUACACUCGUUCUGUGACUGAUCUAAAAUGUUCUAUAAAGUGAUACUCUCAACUGCUAGAUUUCGCGCAAUUUUCGAACCGAUUUUAAUCGCACAACUUUUAAUUUUAACUUCAUUACGGAUCUGAUUUAUUUCUUUAGGUCCUCCUUUCUUAGGCAUAUCUGGAAUGUCACCCUAUGGGGUUGGCCCCCCAUCUGAAAAUUUCAAAUGAAAAAUAGUUUCAGUUAUGGCAUUUUUUUGUCGAUUUUUUUUUUUUGGUAUUCCAAAAUGGAUUACGUAACAGAGUCAUUUUUCACAAGUUUCGAGGGUGGAUCUUGUUGGGACGUUGUGUUAAAUAAAUCUUGAAUUAUUUUUUUAUUUAUUUUUUUUUUAAAUUUCUAUUGUUGUUCCACUGGAAAAGAAUUUGGGAUCUGAAAGGUUUUGGACAAGUUGAUAAAGUUCUAUAGAAUGAUAUAUCUUUUUUUUAUAUUUUCUCGUCACCACUUUCACUGAAUUUAUCGUUUAAAAGCUGCUUUAAGUUUGUAGGUUACUCUAGAAGGUUCAAAUUUUUCUAUGAGAAUUUUAAGAUUAUAAUAAAUGUCCUAUAGAAAUUUUAUUUUAGUUCCAUGUAUUUCUAUUCAUUCAUGAGAAUUUUAUCAAUUUCGGAUAACUACCUUUUUAUAAGUUUCAUCAAAUUGCUAGAUUAUUCAUGAAAGGUUCGAUUUUCUUCGAUCACUGUUUUAGGAUUAUAUAAAUAUUCUUAAUAAUUUUUUGUUUUGUUUUACGUUUCGAUAAUUUUCAAUGCAUUCCCUCUAAUAUUAUGAAAUAACAUUUAAAGAUAGUUUUGUAACUUCCUAGACAGACCCAAAUAAAUUUUAUUUUUAAAUGGCCAAAGCUAUGAACAUAAAUAGAGUUCAAGGCUUAGAUAACAGUGAAUGCUUCUACGUGUAUUGGUGGAACUUGUCAAAAUUUGGUAACAUUAAAACAUCCUUCAUAAUCCCACCGGGAACGGGAUUUCACUUGGUAAGGAAUCCCACCGGAAAUGGGAUCCCAUCGGGAACUGGAUCCCACCGGAACGGGAUCCCAUUGGGGAACGAAUUGUUUGCAUAAAUAUAAAUGUGUUGUUCCUUUCUUUUUUUUUUUUCAUUUGGCAUACAAUUUAAAAUUGUAAGUUUUUACUUUAGCGAUGUUCUUUCCCCAGUGCCCUUAAUUUCAAUGUUAGCUAAAAGGCUGUAGAAUUAUUAAUUUUUUUUUUUUAGAAUGCAAUCCCGGGCAGCGCCGGGUAUAUUGUCUAGUAUAAAUACAGAUUUUAAAAUAAAUAUAAAUGUGUUGUUCUUUUUUUUUUUUUUUUUCAUUUGGCAUACAAUUUAAAAUUGUAAGUUUUUACUUUAGCGAUGUUCUUUCCCCAGUGCCCUUAAUUUCAAUGUUAGCUAAAAGGCUGUAGAAUUAUUAAUUUUUUUUUUUCAGAAUGCAAUCCCGGGCAGCGCCGGGUAUAUUGUCUAGUAUAAAUACAGAUUUUAAAAACCUUUCAAUGUAUUGCAUUUCUUUAUAAAUAAAUGAUUUUACAAAUAGAUACUUUGUUUUUCAUUGAUUAAACACAUACAUUAUG